AUGGCGACGAGGCUCGUCCCCUCCUUCUCUUCCUUCGUCGCCUCGCCACUCUCCAGCUCGCGUCGCCAUGGCCGUCAUCUGAGCCGUCCCUUCUUCAGUCCCCUCAGGCCGGACACGAGGGUGAGGGUGAGCUUCCAGGAGAUUCCCCCGCCCGAUGGGUUCGGUUCGUUCGGUGACCUGCAUGGAAUCCUCGAUCGGGCCGAGGGGUUGCUCUACACGCUCGCGGACGCCGCCGUGGCUGCGGACCCCUCCUCUGCUGGGGGUGCUGUAGACGCUGCGUCGGCUCAGAAGAACGGGGGAUGGUUCGGAUUCAUAGCAGAGGCUAUGGAAGUGGUUCUCAAGGUGUUACAAACUCUCCUUCUUUGGUUUAAUUUAGGCGAGGAGAGACUUCAGAUGUAUCCCAGUUUUGUUCAUAUUGGUGUCCGUGGGAGGUCACUCGCAUCGGUUAUGUUGCGGGCAUUUCAUAUAGGGAGUAUUUGAUGUUUUAAACACUAUCAAAUUUAUAAUGUUAAAAAAUACCGCAGUUCAAACCCGGCGAAUUUUGAAUUUCAGCUACUCGGGGGCGAAUUUAACCAAAUUUUAGUGAUACGCAUUAAUUUUUUGCAUUUAAUUUCCCCAUUUUAAUGUUAUUUGUGUCUAACAAUGGGACUCCCAUGGGGACGAGCUCGUCCAGAUUUCGUGCAUGCUUUGUAAAUCAUCGAAAUAUCUUUGUAAAAAGCUGAAUUGUCAGUAAUCCCCUGUAUUUAUUCCUGUAUUUGUGCAGAAGCGUAAUUGUGUUUUUAUUUCCAUUUUUUUCGGUUAUCACAUGACGAUUUAUGAUCGCCGAUAGGAUUUCCUGCGUCACUGUGUUUAUUUGUGGGAUAAAGAACGUGCCUAGAUUGUGUCUUUUUCUGUUGGUUGCAGGUUCUCAAAGAUGGUCUUUCAGCUGUCCACGUCCCCUAUGCAUACGGCUUCGCCAUCAUCUUGCUUACCGUCAUUGUCAAAGUGGCAACGCUUCCUCUGACAAAGCAGCAGGUGAGUAGUUCCCUCACAACAUUAAUAGGACUGUAGCAAAGUGCAAGAGAAUUCCUUACCUUCUUUUCAACGUACAAAUGGCUGACAAUUUGCUAUUGAACAAGCAUGCAUUGCCUUACAUGUUAGCACUUUCCUAUUCUCAUUAAUCGCAUUGUUUAUAUUUUUCACUUGGUGAUCUCAAUCGAUGCUUUACAGAGAGUUGACCGGCCUUCAUCCUUUCUUAUGCACUGAUUGGCGUAGUUGUCUCUUAUAAGUUACCCUCACAUUCUAGUGCGCUCUUUAUUGAAUGGUAUUUUCACUUGUCUCAUCUACCCUUGACUGGUUAUUUUUCGUUUGUCUAGGUCGAAUCCACAUUGGCUAUGCAAAAUCUUCAGCCCAAGAUCAAGGCUAUUCAGCAAAGAUAUUCAGGCAACCAGGUAAUAUUCCAUUGGCUUUGAUAAUUAUGUUAUUUGAGUUAAUGUGAGUUAAGUUUUAUCGUCUUUGUAUGCUACAUAUCCUCUCAGCAUGAAAUUAUAAGCUAAUGUCCUCAAUACAUUUUUACACAUGAUAUGAUAUAAUUUUGUCUGUUUAUUGGGUUUUCUGUAUGACAAAUUUAGUUCAAUAUUUUUUUAGUAUUUGUGAUGAUGGAUUUGUCUUCAGGUAAAAUAUCAUGAAGAUUGGUUUAUGUUUCGUGGACAGACUUUUUUGAGAGCUUCUAGCAAUAGUUUGAUGUCAUUAGGAUUAGCUGGAAGCAUAGAUGUAGCUUGGAAUUUGAUGCUGGAAUUGGAUCGAGGAUCGGGUUAGUUCAGUUCCUGUCCUGGUUAAUCAGAAAUACCUGAUUCCACCCAAUUUUUAGGAGACUCGUCAUUCAAUCCGGGCCUAGGGUUGACGGAUCUUUUCCCAAAUAGAUUGGAACAAUCCUUGCUGCUUACAGCAUUCCUCACCUAAUCAUAUUCUUGAAAACUAUUCCUUAUACUAUUUACUGACUCUGAAGCAAUACACCCUUAUAAUUCAUUGGGAGUAGAAGCUGCUUCUUUUCAUGUUAUCAUAAAUGACAUCACAUAAUAUGGGAUGGUGACAUGGGGUCUCUAGUUGUUAUAUCAGAAUACAGUUUUCAUAGCUUAAAAUGAGUUUUUUUUGGUGGAACGAUGGAAUGCUGUGCAUUUUUGUUUCUUGAUGUACUUUUGAAGUAGUUUUGGCUCUGAACAUUGGCUUUUCCUUAUUAUUGAGAAUUUGAAACUCGUUCUGGGGAAGCUAAGAGUGCGCCAUAAUAAUUUUUUGGGAUAAAUAUGUAAUUUCCCACGAUCACCCAAGAAGAGAUGCUUUGUUUGUUGGGCUAAAAAGUAACAACAUCUAUAUUAUAGGUAUUGUAGGUCAGCUGAGGACAAAAACUGUAUCUGCAGAUGACCAUCCUUUGUCAUUAAAAAGAAUGUCCAGGAGGCACUUGAUUUGAAGCUGAGGAAUGGCCUAGUCUUGCUUCAGGAUAUGGAUUCAGAUUAUAUGUUAAAAGAUUUAUUGUGAUUAUGCUUUUAUAUUCCUUACUUUUGAUCUGUUCGUUGUUCCUGUCUAAAGAUCAAAAUUGUGGUCGGUUUGAAAUUGUCUUUGAUGCUGUCACAGGAAUUAAGUCGAGCCACUUUCGGAAAACCGAAACUUUCUCUUCUGAUUUGAAUUCUACAGGAACCAUGACUUUUUUACUCACACACUAUUCUCUUAUGCUUAACAUUUUGUGAUGGGCAUGUUUAUGUUCGUUCUCUAUUUUCAUGGUGAUUUUCAUUUUCUACCUGACCAUUGCUAAUCUAUUGAUGUCGCUUAUGCUGGUGUUUGUAGGAAAGGAUACAACUUGAGACAUCGCGUCUGUACAAACAGGCUGGUGUUAAUCCCUUGGCAGGUACAUCCAUAACGAACAAAGUUGCCUUAUUUGAUCUGUGGUGUUAAAAUUUUUAUUCAAGAGAUUUCUAGGAGAAAUAAGGCGGGACUCAAUCCAUCAGAAUGCUUGUUUUAUUUUAGCAAGAUUUUGUAUCGUUUAUAAUCGUUUGAAAUCUUUACCAUUAGCUUAUGAUACUGAUGAUUUUUUCUGUUCCGUUCGUAAUCAGGAGAAAAACGUCAUAGUCAUGUCUUUCUUUGUUGUUUUUUCUUUUUUUUUUCUUUUAAUGUUCUGGUGUUGUUUUGCAUCCUUUUGGGGCAUGAUUUGCUUACUCUGCUGAUCCCAAUCUAAAUCAGCUCCUCCAAUAUUUGAACAUAAGUUAUCAGUAUUUCACCUACUGAAUAUCUCACCUCCAGCAACUUACUGACUUCCUAUUUUUUUCCCCUCUUUAGAUGUUUAAGGAAUACAAAAUUUUCCAAUUGAUGCCCUUUGUUCUCUUUUCUUGUCCCAUUCUUUGCCUUCCAAUUUCCUGUGAUUUUUUGUUUCCGUAUGGGCCACUUUGACAUUCAGGAGUGCAACUUGUCAUCCUAUGUCAAUUGGAUUGUUUGAUGAAGCCCGAAACAUAUUGACAGAUGUGGUGCCUAUUAAUGGCAUUUCCUUUAAUGCUGCAAACUAUUUUCUCUCUAAUAAAUAAGUUUUCUUCUUCAUUCAAUGUAUCCCACCAUCUAAGACUUAUAAAUAAGACGGCGGUGGAAAAUAUAAUUAUUAGUGAAAAAUCUCCCAUGGAGUUUUAGCUAGGGUAGGAAAUAUUUAAGUGUACGAUGAUCAUCAAUUCUAUCAUAGAGAAAAGACCGUGUGCUUUUACAGAUGAUAAAAGCUGCUCAAGGAUUUUUCAUCAGUUUUUGUUUGCCCUAAAUUUCCAUUCUUUGUCCAUCUGAGAACCCCAGUUCGUUGGAAGUGGAAUAGUUUUGAUUCCAUGCCUCCUCAUUCAAGUGCUUCUGGAAUUAGAUUAUAUAAUUUUUUUUUCAUAAUUUUUUACCUUGUAUGAAUUUUUGCCUGCCUUAAUUUUGCCGUGGGCCCUUCUCUUAUUUCUCAAACCAUCUCAUCAGGAUGCUUUCCGACAUUGGCCACAAUUCCAGUCUGGAUUGGUCUGUACCAGGCUCUCUCUAAUGUAGCAAAUGAGGUAACAUGGUGCUCCAUCCCUCUCGAUCGUCUCCCCCUUCCUUUCCAUUCGUAGCACAAAGGGCAUUCUUGAUUUAUGGAAUCGAUCCAUUACGUGGUUGAUUAUAGAAGCUUUUAGUACCAAGUCAAGAAAUCCAUUUACUAGCAGGAGCCCUCAAAUCAUCCAAAGAAAUUGCUUUUUGGUGAUUUUUACCAGGCGUAUUUAUCUGCAGGGAUUGCUGACUGAAGGUUUCUUCUGGAUUCCAUCUCUGGGCGGCCCGACAACGAUAGCUGCUCGUCAGAGCGGCGCCGGCAUUUCUUGGCUUCUCCCUUUUGUGGUAAUUAGCGACUCGUUUUCUCAAUCCAUAUUAUCUCUACCCAGUCAUCAUGGAUGAGCUUCCUCCAAGUUUCCAGGAAGAUUAUGAUUAGUUCUGCCAGAAAUUUCUCUCCCAGCAGUUCCUCGUGGUUAUGCUUAGAUUGUGAUAGACCCCCAGAAUUUUUUUUAUUAAUUAAAAUCAUAUCUGAUUGUGCCCAUCUGUUCAUCGAUAUGAUAAUCAAUAUGUCGCAGCAGAUGUUAACGGUUGACUUCGUUAUUCAGGAUGGGCACCCGCCGCUAGGGUGGUCAGAGACAGCAGCCUACCUCGUAUUGCCCGUUCUUCUUGUUAUCUCCCAGUACGUCUCCAUGGAGAUCAUGAAGCCGCCUCAGGUGGAUAAAUUCAGAUAUUUCAUUCGCAAAAAAAGAAAAGAAAAAGAAAAAAAGAAGAUCUUUCAUUCCAUGAUGGUCAACAGCUUCUUAAUAUGGUAUCGUUUGACUUUUCUUCAUUUGGCAGACCGACGACCCAUCUCAGAAGAAUUCUUUGCUCGUGUUGAAGUUUCUACCCCUGAUGAUCGGAUACUUCUCCCUGUCGGUCCCGUCGGGUCUAUCGAUCUAUUGGUUCGUAUUUGAUCACAGAUCUCUGUUCUUUUCUUGUCUCUAGAUCAAAAAAUGUGGGGUCCAAGCUUUGACCCAAGGUCAACCUCAUGAGGACAAAUCUCGCCACGUGGCAGUCAACAUCUCUCUCUCUCUCUCUCUCUCUCUCUCUCUCUCUCAUUGAUGCAUGCAGCACCCGGGCCAUUAGUAUUUAAUUGGCUUUGCUGAUGGUUUGCAUUUCUUCUCCUUAGGUUCGUCAACAACGUUCUCAGCACUGCGCAGCAAGUUUGGCUGAGGAAGCUGGGUGGUGCGAAGCCUGUGGUCGACCAGGAUGGCGGCGGAAUUAUCAGCGCCGGCCGAGCCAAGCGCUCCGGCGCCGCCCAACCCGCCGCCCAGUCUGGAGAAAGGUCUGUGUUCCUCCCAACCAGUAUCUCUAUUUGGGGUAUCUCUGUUAGCUGGGUGUUUCUUUCGGAAAUGGCCCAGGAAAAUGUGGGCCCAGGCCAACCCAAAGUCUUCGCUUAUUUAUGCACUCUUUCUUUUUUCCCAAAAAAAAAAAGCCUGUAUUUUCUCGCCUAAAACCCAUCUCUGGGAUUUUAUCGGGCUCUAGAGUGAAGCCCAAAGUCCUGCCCUUGCCCAGUUCUUUUGUUAGCCUGCACCUAAGAUGGAAAAGAAGUUCUCCUUUCCCAGGUUAGAGAGACUCUCUCUCUCUCUCUCUCCCUCUCUUUCUCUCUCUCUACCCCCCCUCUCUCCCUCUCUUUCUCUCUCUCUCUACCCCCCUCUCUCCAUCUCUCUCUCUCUCUAGUCCGUUUCUUGGGUUUUCCCUGCCUAUUUCUUAUCCGAAGUGUGUAUACAUCACGAUCAUCUCAAUGGCAGUUUCUCUCUCCCUCUUCCAGGUUCAGGCAGCUGAAAGAAGAGGAGAGCAGGAUGACGGUGAAGUCGCUGCCGUCUGAUGGGUCUCAGAUGACUGAUGCUGCAUCAUCAGACGCCGAUGACCUCUCCGAUGACGAUUCCAAGGAAGAGGUAGCCCCCCGCCCCCCAAAUCCCCGCCUCAUAUCAUGCGAGAAACCAUCUUAAAUCUGGACCUUGGUCAUCAUUUCCCCGGGCUUUCCCUUCGCAGGAGGCGAGAGAAGAGGCCUUCGCUUCCAGUGGCGGGAAGCAGCUGCCCCAAUACAGCGGGCCCAGGAGGAGCAAGCGGUCCAAGAGGAAGAAAGCUGCCUAG